AGAAGGAGAAAGUUUCAUGGCUUAAACUCUUCAGAUUUCAGGAGAGCUGCCACAAAGAAGAAGAAAUCUCUGCUUUUCUCGGGCGGUGGUGGGGAGGCUGGCCAACCUGAGGAAAGGCCAAAGAAGAUCUGAAGAAGUUGGUGCUCGUGAGCUGGGCCUCCAACUUCUAUCGCCAUGGACUGGAAGACGUUACAGGGCCUGUUGAGUGGCGUGAACAAAUACUCCACUGCUUUUGGCCGCAUCUGGCUCUCUGUGGUCUUUGUUUUUCGUGUCCUUGUUUAUGUGGUAGCUGCUGAGCGGGUGUGGGGAGAUGAGCAGAAGGAUUUCGACUGCAAUCAUCGGCAACCUGGUUGCACCAAUGUUUGCUACGAUUAUUUUUUCCCCAUCUCCCAUAUCCGUCUCUGGGCCCUGCAGCUGAUUUUUGUCACCUGUCCAUCCCUGCUCGUCAUCAUGCACGUGGCAUACCGUGAGGACAGGGAAAGGAAGAACCGGGAAAAAAAUGGGGAAAACUGUCCCAAACUGUAUAGCAACACUGGAAGGAAACAUGGUGGUCUUUGGUGGACUUAUCUCCUGACACUCUUCUUCAAACUGGGUAUUGAGAUUGUCUUCCUCUAUCUGCUUCACAGAAUUUGGGACAGUUUUGACCUGCCACGCCUGGUCAAGUGUGAUCUGAAACCUUGCCCCAAUACAAUUGAUUGCUACAUUGCUAGGCCGACUGAGAAGAGGAUUUUCACAUACUUCAUGGUAGGGGCAUCUGCUCUUUGCAUCGUCCUUACUGUGUGUGAGAUCUUCUACCUCAUCUUCAAGAGAAUGAUCCGCUCAAUGAACAAAUGGAAGAGUAACAAGAAGUCCUUGACCUACAGCAAGGCCUCCACAUGUCAUUGCCAUUCAAAGAUGGAGCACGGACAGGAUGGGAAAUUAAAAAAUUCCCCCUUAGAAGGCCUCAGGGCUUCUGCACCUAACCUGACUUUUAUCUGAGAAGGAGAAGAAACAAAUCCAAAAUGGCCCCAUGCCAGGACACAUGAAUGGUUUUUCAAACAUGAACUGGAGGGGGGGGAGGGAGGACUUCCAUUGAAUCACUAAGCAAAUUUUCCACAAGGGAAGGGCCACAAGGAUUGAAGAGGAGCUGACAGGAACACUGCCAUGUUUAUUCAGGGCUAAAGUCAAGUCCAUUUGUUUACACGUUAUAACUAAGCUAAGCAUGCACACUUCAUAUGCUCUGGCAAUCUGUGUUGGGUUUUGUUCCUCUAAACCCUUCUAGAAAAGUUGUAACCUUCUACAUUCUCAGGUUUAUGCUUUCUACUUUUUGAAAGUCUCUCAGAAGAUAGAUAGACAUCUGAGCACACUAUGUUGCCGUCUUUAAAACCUAGGACAGCCAAAAUCUAUGACCCUUGAUUUCUUCAACUGGUUUAUUUAGUUGUUUGUAGAGUUGUUUAUAGAGUGUUAGUCACUGAAUUGCCUGAGAAGGAGGGGAGUAAAUUAAUUAAGGAAAUUCAGUAAACAUGGAUAAUUUAACCUAGAUAUCUUCCUUUCUCUUGCACACCAGAGUUCUCUGAAAUAACAGAUGCUAAUGCAAUCUGCAAAGUAGUCUAAAGCAGGAGUCACCAACCUGUCGGGCCUCAGGGACCACUAAAUUCAUAAUUUUAAAUUGCACAGGCCAUUAAUAUGACCUGCCUAAUGACUGGGUGGGUGGGCGUGGCUAGAUGGUCAUGUGACUGGGUGGAUGUGGCCAACUAAUGUCACUCAUAUCGAGGGGCGCCUCACCGGCCCCUACUCACCCCUCCACACCCAACAACUCCUCGCCUGCCUGCCUGGGCUCCUUAGAGCCCCAACAGGAAGUAGUUGUUGGA